CCGGAAAUUCGGUUGUUAGAUCUAGCAGCGGUGCAGCAGGCUGCGCAACAAGUACAAAGCGGAUGCUAAGUGCGCGGUUGGCCCGGUGCAUGGUCUCCAUGGCCACUCGCGCGUGUGUGUCGCGAGGCAGCGCGGGAUCGGCGGCUGGCGGGCCAGUGGAAGCUGCUAUCCGCGCCAAAUUGGAGCAAGCCCUGAGCCCUGAGGUACUGGAACUGCGUAACGAGAGCGGCGGCCACGCAGUCCCAGCAGGCAGCGAAACGCAUUUCCGCGUGGCGGUGGUGAGCUCUCGUUUCGAGGGGAUGAGCCCCUUGCAACGGCACCGGUUGGUCCACGAGGCACUGUCGGAGGAGCUGGCUGGACCCGUACACGCGCUGGCCAUCCAGGCAAAGACCCCUGCCCAGUGGAGAGAGAACCCACAGUUGGACAUUAGCCCCCCCUGCCUAGGUGGAAGCAAGAAAACUCGAGGGACCUCUUAAUACCCGGAUUGGGAGAACAACGAUGGGUCGACUCAGAAUAAACUACUCUAUCAUUACUACCUUGUUCCUUGAUUUGUACGGACCAGGGCUUCUGCCCUUUCUGCUAAUGUACACCAUGCAAAGGCAAAGAAGCUUCCGGUGAAAGCUUAGCUAGCCCAGGGAGCGAGCGGCCACUCACUCUGCCUGGGCUAGACUAGAGAAAGGCUGCCCAGUCCUGAUGAGUCGGGAAGGGCCAUGAUAAUAAAAGAGAAGCUGGUGCAUGAGGUCAAA